GUAGCGCGUGACGUCACUCCAGGGGCGCCAAAAGUUGCAGCAGAAACAACAAACACAACAAACACAACUCGGAGCAGUUCCUGUCCAAACAGCCAGCUGUCAUGGACCUCGGCCCCUUUGAAGGAGACAACUCUGUCAGCUGCAGACUGGCCUCUCAGAUCCCUGAUGUGUGCCGGACUGAGGACUGCUGUCUGGGCAUCGAUGAGGCAGGCAGGGGGCCUGUGCUGGGACCCAUGGUGUAUGGAAUAUGUUUCUGUCCAGUCUCCAGAAAACAGGAGCUGAAGGACUCGAAAGUGGCAGAUUCAAAGACUCUAACAGAGGCAGAGAGAGAGAAUCUUUUUGAAAAACUGGAUGAAGCCAAAAGUUAUGUCGGCUGGGCUCUGCAGAUUCUCUCACCAAACACCAUCUCCACCAGUAUGUUACAGAGGACAAAAUACAACCUGAACGCCCUUUCACACGAUACAGCAAUCGGUCUAGUACAGUACGCCUUGGACAAUGGAGUACAGCUCAAAGAGGUAUUUGUGGACACAGUCGGCCCAGCAGACAAAUAUGAGGACAAACUCUCCAAGCUGUUCCCUGGUAUCGACGUGACUGUGAGGCCAAAGGCUGACUCCCUCUUCCCCAUCGUCAGUGCAGCCAGUAUCUGUGCCAAGGUUGCCAGGGACCGUGUUGUAAAGGGCUGGAACUUUUCUGAGGACCUGGGAGGGGUGGAUACAGACUACGGCUCAGGAUACCCCAACGAUCCCAAGACUAAAGCGUGGCUCCUGAAGUACCUGGACCCAGUGUUCGGUUACCCUCAGUUUGUUCGAUUUAGCUGGAGCACUGCCCAGACCCUGAUGGACAGCAAGGGUGUCACUGUCCACUGGGAUGAUGAUGAUGAGGAUGGGGAGAAGGCGGCGCAGAGGAAGAACAACAAGUCCAUGUUGUCCUACUUUAGUGCAUCAGCUGGAAGUAACGACCAAAACCCGACCCACCAGACACACCGCUUCUUCACCGAUCGGAGGCUGAAGAGCCUCGACACACUCUGAAGACAACACAGUAGAGGACACACACACA